AUGCACUCGAACGACCCCCAUGAAAUCGCGAAAGAAGACGAUGGCGAAGCCUUCGAUAAGACGACCUCCAAGGGGCGUGAGAAUGGUCUCUUUCAGGCCUGUAUGAAAUCGAUACGGGGCGCGCACGUUACUUCAAACCGUUUACGCGCAGGUCUCGUCCUUGCGGGUCUUUUCACCGACAAAUCGAUUUAUCGUGAAGUUCUAAGCAUGUUUUAUGUUGUGACAAAGGAAUUGGAAGAAAAGCUCGACACUUUGAAAGUGUCGGACGAGAUCUGCCAAAAGAUCGCGUCGUUGGACUAUAACUUUAGCAAGGGUUAUGAAAAGGAUAUGGCUGUCUUGUAUGGCGACGACUGGGAGACUAUAAUUGAAGAUCUCAUUCAAAAGAACAAAGUCGCACGUUACUACCGCGAAAUGGUGCGCAACAUGGACUCCGGUACACAACUCGCGGGAGCCGCCUUCGUCCUCUGGGGUGCACUCAUCAUUGGCGGAGGCGCAGUGGCCAUGCCUCGAGUAAAGAACUUGUGCGGCAAGGACGCCAUCAACGUGUUUAAGGACGUGACUGGGCCUGGCCGAGAAGAGCGUCGCAACAACUUUGUGGCCCUGUGGGAUUCUUUGGCUUCUCCCGGUUCGUCCGAAUUCGAAGAGAUUGUUACCUUUUCACAAGAGUGCAUGCGAUGCAACAACAAUAUCUUCACUUCGUUACAACGCUCUCCUUGGUGGCUGAAUUACUUCAUCACAGCGGGGGUAGGAAUUGGUGCUAUUUGCAUCGUAAUCCUGCAGCGACGAAUGAUUAAAUCUUGA